UGCGCACAAAAUAUGGCUCAUUUGACAACAAUGGCGACAGUUCAGCUGAUGUGACAGGACACUGGGUGAAUGGUUAUUUCUGUUUAAUUGUAUAAUCUUGCUGGUGUAUCACCAAACAAGCGAGAGAUCUGUUUUUAGAAUAAGUGUUUCCAUUAAUUCAAGUUUCGUUUGACGAGAAUUAAAAGUUGUUCUUGAGCACCAGUACAGUGAAAGUGCUAUGAUGAUCUAGACCUGACCUAUCUUGUAAUCGCUGGCGUCUGUACGUAGAAUAAUGAAGGAAUAUGCCUAGGAAAAAGCGAAGUAAUAUUGGACAAGUAAAUUCUAAAGCCAAAAGAAAACAAAGAACAGAAACACCUGAAGAGCGCGAAGCCCGACUUGAACAACAUCGUGUAAGAGUGGCUUUGUCAAGGGCAACAGAAACAUACCAUAGACGUCAAGCUCGACUUGCUCAACAGCGAGUAAGAACUGCUUUGUUAAGGUCUGCAGAAACAACUUUGCAACGUCAAGCUAGGCUUGAACGGGGUAGAUUAGCUACUGCUUUGUCAAGGGCUACAGAAACAAUUCUACAACGUCGAACUCGACUUGAGCGAGAUAGAUUGGCAACUGCUUUGUCAAGGGCUGCAGAAACAACAAUACAACGUCAAAUCCGCCUCGAAGCAUACCGAAUUUAACUUAAAGUUAAGAGUGCCUCCAAUGAAGUGUGAAGCCAUGGCCGAUAUAAUCUUGUCGAAACGAAAACAUCCUUUCUUCAACCCUGCGUGGGAAGAAAGAUAUUUGUUUACAACACUCGAUAGUGGUCCCGUAUGUUUAGUGUGUCACAAAGAAAUCUCACACUACAGAAAGUUUAAUUUUUCUCGUCACUACAACGCGUUCCACGCGAAUGCGUAUGCACACUACACGUACGACAAGCGAAAGGCGGAAGUUAGACGACUGAAGGCCCAGUUGGCUGAAGAAGAAGAAUUAAUCAAUCUAACCAUGGAUACUGCCGACGCUCCAUGGGAAACAAAAUAUUUUUUUACGAAGCACGAUACAGGCCUUGUAUGCCUGGUGUGCCACAAGAAGAUGUCUCACUUGAAACAGUACAAUUUUCAACGGCACUACAAUGCAUUCCAUGCGAGUGCGUAUGCAGACUUCACGCAUGAUAAGCGAGUGGCGGAAGUUCAACGACUCAAGGUCCUCCUGGCAGAAGAAGAAGCGUUACUCAAUCAAGAGAAUGGUUUCUUCAACCCUUCGUGGGAAACUUUAUACUUUUUUACGAAGUACGAGGAUGGUUUAAUAUGUUUGGUGUGCUUCACAAUGGUGUACGACAUAAGAAAAUACAAUCUCGAACGGCAUUAUAACGCGUUCCACGUGAAUACGUAUGCCAAGCUUACGCACGAAGAGCGUUUGGCAGAAGUUGAAAAACUCAAGGCCAAGCUGGCAGAAGAAGAAGAGGAGUUAGCUUACGAAAUGGCCAACCAGAAACAAAGUCGAAGAAGGUUUCUAGGAAGGCGAGAAAAUCGCCAGGCACGUCUAGAAAGGACAGAAGACCCAGCGUCUGAGGACAAUGCAAAGUCGGAUCCCUUACGCGCCAUAUCUUCUCAAGAGUUAGCCUCACAUCCAUCGGAACCAAUAGUUACGGAGGUGUCUGCAAAAACAGAUCUCCAGCACUCCAUAUCUUCUCAAGAGUUGAAAGAAGAGUUUAUAAUGCCGGAACCAAUGGUUACGGAGGCGUCCAUAAAACAAGAGCCUCAGGAGUUGGAAGAGUCCUCCACGCAACCAAUAGAAGCAGUGUUCUUGGACGAGUCCAUCAAAUUGGAACCUCUGGAACCGAUCACACAAUCCACGGAACCACUGUUCGGUGAGGAAUCCACAGCCUCGGAAAUCAAACCGUUCCAGGAGUCCACCACGCAGCCAAUAGAAUCAUUAUUCUUGCCGGAGUUCUUAAAGACGGAGCCCCAGGACUCUGACACGGGACAAACAGAACCAUUGGUCUUCGUGGACCCCGUACAAACGAAACCUCAAGAGGAUCCAGUACAAACGAAACCUCAAGAGGAUUCCGUACAAACGAAACCACAACAGCUUCAAACGACCAAACGGGCACCGAAGCCACUGGUCUUGCAUCAGCCUUUACUCUUGAAACCCCAGGUUUCUCAGGAGUUAAAUAAAAUUAACCAAAGAAGUAACGGAGGUCCGGUUCGGAAAAUAUUGGUGAUCAGUAAUAAAACUCCGUUGAAAAUCCAACCAUCGGAUAUUGUUCUUCAGAAAUUAAAUAAAAAUAACCAAGUCAGUAGUGGAACCGGGGUUAAGAAAAUAUUCGUGAUCAAAAAGCCUGCGUUGAAAAUCCAACCAUCGUCGUCGAAUCUAAAUCCAACGCCAGAAUUGAAUCUUGCGCAAUCUUCGUCGCAAGAGAAACCCAAAGAAAGUACGCAGGAGACGAUAUCCAACAAAAGGAAACACCCAGAAAGUUCGACUAAAGUCCGCGGUCAUACCGGGAGUUUAGAAGUAUUGUUUAAGGGUGCUGACAUGAACGAGAAAUUCGGGCAGUACGUUACGUUGGAAUUGCAGAACUUGGCCUUUGAGGAAAGUAGAAGAUUCUUAAAGGCGCGGAUAAGAAAGGCGAUCCAAGAGGCUGUCGAGUUUGACGAAUCCCGUACAAUACUUGACGACACCUGUGUUCUUCGAAAUUCACAAAAUAAUAGGAAUGACCACUGAUAUAA